AUGUCGCUCACCUCUUUCACCAAGACAGAUCUAAUGACGUGUUUCAAAGCCGGGGACAAGUGGAUGGAUCGUGAAAUACAGCUAGGUUGCAAUUUAGUAGAUUUGAUAGAGCCAGAAAAACUCACAGACUCUAUUUUUAACAGUUUAAAGGUUGACGAAAUUGAUGAGCCCCAUGAGUGCAUCAGAUACCUCAUAGGAAAACAUAUACUGAAAAAUAAGAACGGUCACAAAACUUGGCAAGCAUAUCUCAAGACAGUACGAAAAAAACACCAGAAAUUUUGCUACUUGUCCGAGCCCGAGCACUUAUAUUUCAAACGUCGAACUCGGUCUUUGAUUGCAAAGACAAAUCCUUCCCCGUCCCCCAUAAAUUAA